AUGCCCUCCGACAAACCGCGAGACCGGGUAGCCGGCCCCGACGAAGGCCCCGAGGCUCCCUACCCCGUGCGAUUGUCCGGUCCUGUGAUCAAAGGAUUCGGACGCGGAAGCAAAGAACUAGGAAUUCCUACCGCCAAUAUUCCCGCCGAUGAUCUAUCAGAAAAACACCCAGAAUUAACAACUGGUGUAUACUAUGGUGUUGUCGCACUGGACCCGAAAACAUACCACCAUGAUUCAUCGCCGGAUACCUCUGCGGUGAUCUUACCAGCUGUAUUGAGCAUUGGAUACAACCCAUUUUAUAAGAAUACUGUGCGAUCAGUGGAAAUUCACAUCAUGCCCGCUCUCACGGAACCAUCCCCGACCGCCGAGAGCCAAGAAGGCCAAACCAAGUUCAAUCGACUACCCGACUUUUAUAAAACGCAACUCAAUCUAUUGAUUCUGGGCUAUAUCCGACCCGAGUUUGAUUAUGUUUCGCUGGAAGCGUUGGUUGAAGAUAUUCGGGUUGAUUGUGAAGUCGCACGAGCAAGUCUCUUGCGUGAUGCUUACAAGGCGUAUCUUGUUAAUGGCGAAACACCCACGCUCAGCGAUGACCGUAAGUGGUUGGUAACCUUUGAUUAA